AUGUCCACUCCUACACCAGAAGCCUCAGGCGUAAGGCAACGAGCCAACAAAUUGGAGAAAGAGGAUGAGACCAAGAACCCCGCAUCCCUCUCCUCCAACCCCGCUAAGAAAGUUCCUCGAAAUAAACCUAAUGUGAAACCUCCUUUUAUCGACAUGUCAAUGAACAGAUUCCUCACAUACCUCGUCUUAUCGCUCUUCGUCGUUUUGGCAUUUUACAUCUGGCGAUUCGUCGCGUGGGCACAUCAAGUAGGAGGUUACUGGGCAGUCAUCACUGGCAAUCACAAGACUCCCGUCUCUGAUGCAGCUGCUUCAGCAGCGAGUGCAGCAAGUAGUUUAUCCAGUGCGUCAAGUAAGGCUACUACGUCUGUUGACCCGAAAUCUAUUGCACCCAAACCAACUCAAGCAGGUCAAGGUGAAGACGACAUCCAAUCUCAAAUAUACCACCUAGCCAAUUCACUAGGUAUCAAACCUGCCGAACUUUCCGCCGCCAUCCGACCAUUGGUUGAUCCCUCUGUACCGGACCCAGCUGAAAAGGCCAAACAGGAGAUCGAACUUCUUAGAGCUCAGGUAGAAGCUAAAGCUACGGAACAUCAGGCUGAGGCUCAACAGCAUGAAGGAGGGGUGUUGGAUAUGCUCGGUGAAGCUUUGUUGGAUUAG